AAAUAAAUUACUGGUCCCUCGCUUUUGGCGGGAAAAAUUCUCCAAUGCCGGUGUCUAGUAAGAGUGUCACUUCUAUUUAUAAUCUGUGACGUCAAAGUCGUGUCUUUUCAGGAAGUGAAUGUUUUAGUUUUGUGCAGGAGCCAGGAGCAACCGAACUGAGUAAACAUGGCAACUAGGAAAGACAACGAGUCUUUGUUCAGAAUUCCACCAUAUUAUUAUAUUCAUGUACUUGACCAGAACAAAAAUGUUACGAGGUUGGAAGUUGGUCCACAGACGUACAUCAGGCAGGACAAUGAAAGGGUGGUUAUUGGCCCAGAAAAGAUGAUCACAGUGCCACCCAGGCAUUACUGUGUCAUCGAGAAUCCAGCCUUGAGAGAUAAAGAUAACAGUGUUCUCCUUGAUAAGAGCGGUCAAGUCCGGCUUUUACACGCUGACCAAGAGAUCAGACUUGCCCAGGAUCCCUUCCCACUUUAUCCUGGAGAGGUUCUUAAACAGGCUGUAACUCCGCUGAAAGUUGUGGCCCCUAACUCGGCCUUAAGAUUACGUGCAAUAUUAGACUUUGAAGAUGAUACAGGGGAAAAGAGGACCGCUGGUGACGAGUGGCUGUUUGAGGGACCAGGUACCUAUAUACCAAGGAAAGAGGUCGUGGUAGAGGAAACGGUUCGAGCCACUAUCAUCAAGCCUAACCAGGCCAUCCGGUUACGUGCACGUAAAGAAUGCAUUGAUAGAGAGGGUAACGCACGUGUAACAGGUGAGGAAUGGGAAGUGAAGAAGACAGGAGCUUACCUGCCAGGAGCGUAUGAAGAAGUUGUAGAUAUUGUUAAUGCAUAUGUGCUAACGGAGAAGAAGGCGCUCCAUAUGAGGUCGUUGAGGACAUUCAAGGAUGAUUUCGGUGUUACACGUAAAAACGGUGAAGAAUGGCUUAUCACCAUGGACAUGACAGAAACACAUAUCCCGAAUGUGUACGAAGAGGUUGUUGGAGUUGUCAACAUCACAUCUCUCAGUAACAGACACUACUGUGUCAUCUUAGACCCUGUAGAUGAGAAGGGCAGACCACAGAUGGGAAGGAAAAAGCUGGUCAAGGGAGAAAAGACAUUUUUCUUGAUGCCCGGUGAGCGACUUGAGAGAGGAAUUCAAAAUGUAUAUAUCCUAGGUGAAGACGAGGGUCUCAUCCUGAGAGCUAACGAGAGUUUCAAAGAUGGCGAGGUGGAUCGUAAGCCAGGAGAUAGAUGGAUGAUCAGAGGCCCUAAAGAAUAUGUUCCCCCCGUAGAGGUAGAGGUGGUGAUGAAACGACAGGCCAUUCCCCUUGAUGAGAACGAGGGUAUAUAUGUCAGAGAUGUUAAAACUGGCAAGGUAAGAGCAGUUACAGGGGAGACCUACAUGCUAAAUCAUGAUGAGGAACUCUGGUCAAAGGAACUUCCUCCCGCAGUCGAGAACCUGCUAAUGGCAGCUAAAGACCCGCUAGCUGACCGCAAUACGAAAGGUGCACCAGAAGCCGGAAAGGCUCGUGACAAGACACGGGUUAUCACAUUUAGAGUGCCACACAAUGCCGCUGUACAGAUUUAUGAUUAUAAGGAGAAAAAAGCUAGAGUUAUUUUUGGACCAGAAUUAGUUAUGCUUGGCCCAGAUGAACAAUUCACACAGCUCAGUAUUUCUGGUGGUAAACCAAAGAAACCAAACAUGAUCAAAUCACUUUGUCUUCUUCUCGGACCAGAUUUCUGCACAGAUAUCAUUGUAGUCGAGACAUCUGACCACGCAAGGCUCUCACUUCAACUGUCAUACAAUUGGCAUUUUGAAGUUAAAAGCAAAGACGACACCGUUGAGUCUGCCAAACUAUUCAGUGUUCCUGAUUUUGUAGGCGAUUCUUGUAAAGCUAUCGCAUCUCGUGUGAGAGGUGCUGUUGCCCAAGUCGCCUUUGAUGAUUUUCAUAAGAAUUCAGCUAGAGUUAUCCGAUCGUCUGUGUUUGGUUUUGAUGAGAAGGACAAAGUUCGAGAUGUGUUUGUUUUCAAGCAGAAUAAUCUAUACAUCACAAGUAUUGAUAUCCAGUCCGUGGAACCUGUCGAUCAGCGUACACGUGACUCGCUACAGAAAUCUGUCCAACUGGCCAUUGAAAUCACCACCAACUCCCAGGAAGCUGCAGCCAGACAUGAAGCUGAACGAUUAGAACAAGAGGCCAAGGGUCGUCUUGAACGUCAGAAAAUCAGCGAUGAGGCAGAAGCAGAAAAGGCCCGCAAGGACCUGCUGGAGCUACAGGCUAACAGCGCAGCUGUAGAGUCCACUGGUCAAGCUAAGGCCGAGGCACAGUCCAGGGCCGAGGCUUCAAGAAUUGAGGGCGAGGCUGCUGUUGAACAAGCCAAAUUGAAGGCACAAGCCAUGAAGAUUGAGGCGGAGUCUGAACUUGAGAGGUUGACCAGUGCCAGAGAGGCGGAGCUUAAGUUUGUAAAGGAACAGAAUGAAAUGGAAUUGGCCAAAUCCAGAGAGACUGCCGAGAUCGAGACAGUUAAGUUCAAGCAAAUGGUGGACGCUAUUGGUUCGAGCACCCUUCAGGCCAUUGCCACGGCUGGUCCGGAUCUUCAGGUCCGCAUGCUCCAGGCUCUUGGUAUGAAAUCAACUGUGAUCACCGACGGCACCACACCGGUCAAUUUGUUUAACACGGCCCAAGGACUAAUUGGGGGAAUUGGAGGUGGACAUAUGGUCCCUUCAAAACGUGCACGAAGAAAUGACGAUGAUGAGGAUGAUGAUUAGACACAAAAAAACGCCAUGUUACGCCACCGAAUAUCAAACGGUCUAAAACAAAAACAAGAUUCUUGAUAAAAUUUUGUGAAGAUUGCACUGUAAACCUUGAUUUUGUGUUUUACAUAUUGUGGUAGGGGGUUGGGUAUGUAGUUACUGCAGAUAUAAUGUACAUGUAUACAUCAUAAAUGAACAAUUACUCAACAAGUAUAAAACCAUUAUAUAAAUGUAUUGUUUGUACAAAAUACAUACAUAGGCCCAAAUAUUUGUUUAAAUAUGUAUUCUGUUUUUGUUUACUCGAACUUUAAUAUAUAUUUAUGUUGAUAAAGACAUUUUAUUGCCUGGCUUAGGUCCAUGUAUCACUUGAAAGAUAAAAUAUUUUGUUGCAUAAAAUCAAAUCCAUACCUGAAAUGCCUCAUUGUGUGUUGUAACAUAUGAACUUUGACCUAUUUUUCUGUGAUAGUUAUGUAUUGUUUAUUUUCAACUAUAAAGCAUUGAUUUGUUUUGAACAUGUUAGUAUGUUGAUUUAUCACAAGAUGUUUUUGUUUUUUUAUUUUUUUUUUCUUCUUAUUGUUAACAAGUCAUAUGACAAAUUUUCACAUUUGAAUGCAUUCGUUACGGAUUUUUCAUUCAUAUUUUAUAAUUGUAGAUAGAAUAUAUAUGAAAUGAAUAUAUUUCAUUUUUUUCUAUAUUACCUUUUUUUUAAGGUUACUGCUAAAUUCUAUUUUAUUUCAUUACGCCUAAUAAUGAUACUGCUGCUUUCCUUAUCAGUGUUAGAAAAAUUUUCAAAUCUGUUAAGACAUAAGUGUAAUAUAUAUGUAAAUCAUGGACAAAAUAUAUUGACAUAAAUAUAAUGCUAUGUUGCAAGGGACACAACCUGUGUAUAUUUGUGUAGUAUUGUUGGAUAUUUUUUAUAAAAAAAAUAUUUGAUUUUUAUGUUCAUAUAUAACACAUAUAUUUAUGUAUAAAGUGAAAAUCUGGUGUUAACAUGUAUUUUGAAAUAGAUGUUACAAUUUCGUAUUGUCUGUAU